UAAUUAUUGGCAGGAAAGUUGAUGCUUGCAUAAGCAAAGUACUUCCCUAAGCUUCUGUUAGCUUCACCCAACACUAAAAAGAGGAAAAGGCUUUGGAAAGAAAAAAAAAAGGAGAGCACGCCGUGUGUGUGAGCAGAGGAAGGAGCGCCAACCUACUCUUUGCACGCUCAUCGUAAAAACAAAUUGAAAAACUAAUCCAACUGCUAAUAGCUAAACCUGUGCUUUCCUUCUCAACUCUCAAACCAUCUUCUAUUGUUACUUAUUAUUAUUUUUUUCAUUUCCGACUUUCUACAUAUGGACGACGUUCGCCGGCGACAACCCAAGCAUCUAGUCCGUAAGGAAUCCGCCGGCGAAGUUCUCAACUCCUUCAGCAAUGUCCAUCAUCUUCCUCCUCUCAAGUCCACCGAUUAUUCUCCCCCUCUCUCCCUCUACCUCGCUAAUGCUCUCUUUUUCUCGCUUUUCUUCUCCGUUGCCUAUUUUCUCCUCCACAGGUGGCGGGAAAAGAUCCGCAACUCUACUCCUCUUCACAUACUCUCCUUCCCUGAGAUAGCUGCUUUGCUUUGCUUGGUGGCUUCCGUCAUCUAUCUCCUUGGUUUCUUUGGCAUUGGCUUCGUCCACUCUUUUUCUAGAGCUUCCGCCGAUACCUGGGACGUCGAAGAAUAUGAGGAUGAUAACAUUAUCAGCAUCGAGGAUACUCGUCCUUCGGGGCCUUGUGCUGCUUCUUCCCUUGGCUAUCCCCUCUCUCCCCCCGCUAAAAUUCCUGCACCCAAUAUCGCAGUGACAACCACCAGUACUUUAUCUGAUGACGACGAACAAAUAAUCACAUCAGUACUCUCUGGCUCCAUUCCUUCCUAUUCCCUGGAGUCAACGCUUGGAAACUGUAGGAGGGCUGCUUUAGUUCGCCGGGAGGCUUUGCAGAGGAUGUUGGGAAAAUCAUUGGAGGGACUGCCCUUAGAUGGGUUCGAUUACGACUCCAUAUUUGGGCAGUGCUGCGAGAUGCCAAUUGGGUACGUGCAGAUUCCUGUGGGAAUUGCUGGGCCAUUGCUGCUUGAUGGAAAGGAAUAUACUGUGCCAAUGGCCACGACGGAGGGUUGCCUGGUGGCCAGUACCAAUAGAGGAUGCAAGGCGAUUUAUGCAUCGGGUGGGGCAACCUCCGUGUUACUGAGGGAUGGCAUGACCAGGGCUCCCGUCGUCAGGUUUCCCACAGCCAAGAGGGCCGCUGGCUUGAAGAUUUUUAUGGAGGAUCCUGCCAAUUUCGACACUAUUGCAGCUAUUUUCAACCAGUCAAGCAGAUUUGCAAGGCUACAAAGAAUACAAUGUGCAAUUGCAGGAAAAAAUCUAUACAUAAGAUUUAGCUGCAGCACAGGUGAUGCCAUGGGAAUGAACAUGGUCUCCAAAGGAGUCCAAUAUGUCCUCGACUAUCUCCAGAAUAUUUUUCCUGAUAUGGAUGUCAUCGGCAUCUCUGGGAACUUCUGCUCGGACAAGAAGCCAGCCGCCAUAAACUGGAUAGAAGGGCGUGGAAAGUCCGUUGUCUGUGAAGCUCUCAUAAAAGAAGAGGUGGUUAAGAAGGUUCUGAAAACCAACGUGGCCACUCUGGUGGAGCUUAACACGAUUAAAAACCUUACCGGCUCGGCCGUGGCCGGUGCCCUUGGUGGGUUUAACGCCCAUGCUAGCAAUAUAGUAACUGCAGUGUACAUAGCUACAGGACAGGAUCCUGCUCAAAACGUUGAGAGCUCUAACUGCAUCACAAUGGUGGAAGCUGUUAACGAUGGCAAGGACCUUCACAUCUCAGUGUCCAUGCCUUCCAUUGAGCUGGGCACAGUUGGAGGAGGCACUCAGCUCGCAUCUCAAUCAGCUUGUCUGAACCUACUUGGGGUGAAGGGUGCAUGCAAAGAUUCCCCAGGCUCAAACGCAAGGCUUCUGGCUACCAUUGUUGCUGGUUCUGUUCUGGCAGGGGAGCUGUCUCUUAUGUCUGCUAUUGCAGCUGGGCAGCUCGUUCAAAGCCAUAUGAAAUACAACAGAUCCAUCAAAGAUGCAUCCAAAAUAACUACCUGAAGGAGGGCCAUGUGAAUCUGGUGGUUCUCUUUCUUCACUGCUCUACAGUUGCGUGAUCUUGAGGAUAGGGGUGCAUUAAUUGUUUUUACUUGUUUCUGAUGUCGUGAUGCCAUUGAAUGCUCUCAGCUAGAGGACACCAGCAUUUGGCAUCUUCUUCUGCCAACCAAACUUGUGAUCUUUCUUGUAUUUACUCUUCAUUUGCUUUGUGUAUUAGUUUAUGGAAGGAGAUGUGUAAUAGGGAUUUAUUUCUAUCUAAAAAUGUAUUAUCUGUUGCAUAGCUCUGAAUAAUACCGUAUUAAAUGAAAUCUGUUAGUUAGAA